UGCUGUCAUAAAGUUUUAUUUUCUUGCUUCGGAUCUUUUUCUUCCUCUCUCUCUCCCUCCCUCUUUUCUUUCUUCCCACAUCCACACUCUCAACACUCAAUUUAUCCUUUGCUCUCGUCUUUGGCUAACGCCUGUCGUUGAAUUUACUACCACCUUUUAACUCCUUAAUCACAAACCACAUUCACAAUGGCUGGCGGCGAUAUCAAGAAGGGUGCCAACCUCUUCAAGACCCGAUGUGCUCAGUGCCACACCGUUGAGAAGGACGGCGGCAACAAGAUCGGCCCUGCCCUGCACGGCCUCUGGGGCCGCAAGACUGGUUCCGUCGAGGGCUACGCCUACACCGAUGCCAACAAGCAGAAGGGCAUUGAGUGGAACGACGACACUCUCUUCGAGUACCUCGAGAACCCCAAGAAGUACAUCCCCGGUACCAAGAUGGCCUUCGGUGGCUUGAAGAAGGCCAAGGACCGCAACGACCUCAUUGCCUACCUCAAGGACUCUACCAAAUAAGCGACUAUGGAUCGCGUGUAAUGUUACGACUUUCGAUAGAUGGGGACCGCCAAGGGGCGUUUGUACUAUAGACUCUACACAGCACUUGUUAAGACAUGCCACGUGCUUCGUAUCCUAUUCCCAUCUCUCCUCUUUAUGCGACUUCCGUUCCAUACAACACAACCGUCUUUUUCACCCACGAAGAAAAGCCUGGCGUUGGUUUGAGGCGGAAAAACAGGAAUGACAUGAGACCAAAUUUAAACGUGUCCGCAUCAUAGCCCGAUUUUUGUUACGAUAGAGAUGUUAAAACUAUUCUUUUUCUACCCUCAUUCACUUCGUGUUUACUUCAUCCGUGUCUCAUAAUUAUGCAUUUGGAAUCAACUGUGAACGUCAUUUUUACCAUGAUACGAUGCCACGAGCCAAUCUCAAUGCCGUCAAAACCGAUUACAUGUCCAGUCUCCUUGAUACCCGAGCGCCCCGUACAGAGAGGGUCAUCCGCGCAAACCGGUUCUUUUUCAUGAGCAUGUUUCUAUUAUUUUUCGAUCCCACUUCGAGUUUUUUCCCUCAUCAUGACUUUAUGAUUGCCGAGCUAUUUCCGUGCGCCUCCAUUGCUCCGGCGGCGUAUGCGGGACCUGCGGCGAUCGGCGGGCGGUGUGCUUGUCUUGUCUCUCGUUUUUUGGAGAUCUUCCUUUUUUUUAUUUUUUUUUUUUUACCCCUGGCAUGAAAAUGAGGUUUCAUUGACAGGUGUUGGGGAAAUUUUGAGCCACCGUGGCUGGCAUCGGUUGGGGUUCGGUGUGACGUGAUGAGACAUGGAGGUGAGAGAAAACAUAUUCACGAUGCGAGUUUCUUCAGCUGGCUUUAGUAUUUCUUCAGACUACAUUCAUAACUUUGGGAACGAAGUCAUAAGAUUAGAGCAUACUAUCUAGAUCUAAAGAAUAUACUCUCUAACUUUAGUAUUUCUUUAGACUAUAUUUAGGACUUUAGGGCCAAAGCAAGUCAUAUCUUUGAUGAUAUUUUAUUCAAUUAAGGAAUAUACUCUUGUGUCAUCAUGAAAAUUAUCUAGGAUUUCCCCAACUUCACCUCAAGUUUUCGAUAAGUCUCAGGAUUCUGC